CUUGAUACAGCAAGCAAACCAAUUGUUUCACAAAAUUUGAUUUAGAGAUUCCUCUCUAAUCAAACUUCGCAGGCAAAGCAUGGCUUUCAAUUCAUCUUUAAUCAACAUUAUCGUUUGAAGAUGCAGCGAGGUAGCAAGGUAUCUCUACUUCAGCCUAAUCACCAAUCUAUAUAAAAUAAAGGGAAAACUUGUUUACUCUUCUUCCUUCAACCUUCUUCCUUUUCCCAUUCACAAGAAUGGUAUCCUGCUUACAGAAGUCAUUUGCUUUGUCAGAAAAUUGUAGAAGGGUUUUAAGAAAAUGACUUUUUUAUUUAUUUAUUUAAUAGUAAAAUAAACUUUGAAUUAGAGGGCCCUGCUUUCUGUCACUUCAUGUGAGUAUGUCACCCACCCCUAAAACCAGUGUAGUGGGAAAUUGGAGAGUGGUCCAAGACUUGAAUAAUUAUCUCUCCAAUGGCUCCACUUAGCACCAGUUGCCUUGGAUUCCUUCUUUUCCCUUAGUUUCUUCUUCUUUACGUGUGAGCCCCACCACUCUGAAGGAGCAGAGUCCACUGUCUUUGAUAAUUGGGGAAGCCUUGAUAGAGCAAACCAAUUGUUUUUUAUUCUCUUGUUUCCACUUGGUAUCCUACCUCUCUCUUUCCCUACCAACGAACCAUGGAAGUUGUUGCAGAGGUUGUUCUUUCUUACUCCCUUCAAGCUUUGUUUAACCAACUGCGCUCCCCUGAUCUCAAGUUUGCACGCCAAGAGAAAAUCCGCGCCGAGCUCGAAAUAUGGGAGAAAAAAUUAUUGGAGAUUGAUGAAGUGCUGAAUGACGCGGAGGAGAAGCAGAUCACGAAGCAGUCGGUGAAAACGUGGCUGGGCGAUCUGAGGGAUUUGGUUUAUGACAUGGAGGACAUCUUGGACGAGUUUGCCUACGAAGCUUUAAGAAGAAAGGUGAUGGCGGAAGCUGAUGGUGAAGGCAGCACAAGCAAGGUACGCAAGUUUAUCCCUACUUGUUGUACUACUUUCACUCCUAUUGGUUGUAUGCGUAAUGUUAAGAUGGGGUGCGAGAUAAAGGACAUUACCACCCGAUUAGAAGCUAUAUAUGCCCAAAAGGCUGGGCUUGGUUUGGACAAGGUGGCUGCUAUAACCCAGUCUACUUGGGAAAGGCCACUCACUACAUCUCUGGUAUACGAACCUUGGGUUUAUGGCAGGGAUGCUGAUAAACAGAUUAUAAUGGAUAUGCUGCUUAGGGAUGAGCCCAUUGAAACCAAUGUUUCUGUAGUUUCCAUCGUGGCCAUGGGUGGUAUGGGCAAGACCACACUAGCAAGGUUGGUGUACGAUCAUCCUGAGACAGCCAAGCAUUUUGAUCUAAAGGCCUGGGUUUGUGUAUCAGAUCAGUUCGAUGCAGUGAGAAUAACCAAGACAAUCCUCAACUCGGUCAGUACUUCUCAGAGCAAUACUGAUUCACUAGACUUCCAUCAAAUUCAAGAUAAAUUGGGGGAGGAAUUGAAGGGAAAAAAAUUUCUUCUGGUUCUCGAUGAUAUGUGGAAUGACAACUAUAAUGAUUGGCGUUGCUUACAGUCUCCCUUUUUGUCGGGUUCACGAGGCAGCAAAAUCAUAGUCACGACACGGAGUAAGAAGGUCGCAAAUAUAAUGGAAGGAGAUAAGAACUUGCACGAGCUACAAAAUUUAUCAGAUAAUGAGUGUUGGUCGGUGUUCAAGAAACAUGCAUUUGGAAAUAGCAACAUUGAUGAGCAUUCCAAUUUGGCAUUGAUCGGCAAGGAAAUUGUAAAAAAGUGUGGAGGCUUGCCUUUGGCAGCAACAGCACUCGGUAGUCUUCUACGCCAUGAACAGAGAGAACAUGAGUGGAAUGUUAUUUUGACUAGCAAAAUAUGGGAUUUACCGAGUGAUAAAUGCGGUAUUCUUCCUGCAUUAAGAUUAAGUUAUAAUCACCUCCCCUCUCCACUGAAGAGAUGUUUCAGUUAUUGUGCAAUAUUUCCGAAAGACUAUGAAUUUGAUAAGAGAGAACUGAUUCGCUUAUGGAUGGCAGAGAGUCUAAUUCAACACUUAGAAUGUCAUAGGCAACAAAUCGAAAUUGAAGAUUUAGGCGCUAACUACUUCCAGGAAUUGUUGUCUCGAUCAUUUUUUCAACCAUCAAGUAGCAAUAAAUCCCAAUUCGUAAUGCAUGAUCUCGUUAACGAUUUAGCAAAAUUUGUUGGUGGAGAAAUAUGUUUUUCUCUGGAAAAGAAUUUGGAAGGUAAUCAGCAGCAGACUAUUUCUAAAAAGGCUCGUCAUUCAUCAUUCAUUCGUGACCGAUACGAUAUCUUCAAAAAGUUUGAAGCCUUUUAUGGGAUGGAGAAUUUGCGUACGUUUAUUGCAUUACCAAUUGAUCCAUUAUGGGAUUAUAAUUGGUUAAGCAACAAGGUACUUGAGGGAUUGAUGCCCAAGCUACGACGCCUAAGGGUGCUUUUAUUGAGUGGUUAUCGGAUAAGUGAGAUACCAAGUUCAGUUGGUGAUUUGAAACACCUUAGGUAUCUUAAUUUAUCCAGAACAAAAGUCAAACGAUUACCUGAUUCACUGGGUAACCUCCAUAACUUAGAGACAUUAAUAUUAUCAAAUUGUCGGAAGCUUAUUAGGUUGCCUUUGAGCAUUGGAAACCUAAAUAAUCUUCGACACCUUGAUGUGACCAAUACAAAUCUAGAAGAAAUGCCUCCACGAAUUUGCAAAUUAAAAGGCUUACAAGUAUUGUCUAAUUUUAUUGUGGGUAAAGACAAUGGUUUGAAUGUAAAGGAGUUAAGGAAUAUGCCCCAACUUCAAGGGGGACUUUGCAUUUCAAAGUUGGAAAAUGUAGCAAAUGUUCAAGAUGCAAGGGAUGCUAGUCUAAACAAGAAGCAGAAGCUUGAAGAAUUGACGAUAGAGUGGAGUGCUGGGUUGAAUGAUUCACACAAUGCAAGGAAUCAAAAAGAUGUACUUGACUCUUUACAGCCACACUUCAAUUUGAACAAACUAAAAAUUGAGUAUUAUGGUGGUCCAGAAUUUCCCCCUUGGAUAGGAGAUGUUUCAUUCUCGAAGAUGGUGGAUGUAAAUCUGGUGAAUUGCAGAAAUUGCACAUCUUUACCGUGUUUGGGGUGGUUACCCAUGCUCAAACACGUAAGGAUUGAAGGGUUAAAAGAAGUAAAAAUUGUGGGUAGAGAGUUUUAUGGAGAGACUUGUCUUCCCAAUAAGCCUUUCCCGUCCUUAGAGUCUCUAUCUUUUUCGGCUAUGUCACAAUGGGAAGAUUGGGAGAGUCCAUCUUUAUCAGAGCCAUAUCCUUGUCUCCUUCACCUUGAAAUCAUAAAUUGCCCCAAAUUAAUCAAGAAACUACCCACUAACCUACCGUCCCUUGUACAUUUCUCCAUUGGGACAUGCCCACAGUUGGUGUCUCCACUUGAAAGGCUUCCAUCUCUUUCUAAAUUAAGAGUACAAGAUUGCAAUGAGGCGGUACUAAGGAGUGGAUUGGAAUUGCCUUCACUCACCGAGUUAGGAAUUGAUAGAAUGGUAGGGCUCACCAGAUUACAUGAAGGUUGUAUGCAAUUGUUGUCGGGGCUUCAAGUUUUAGACAUUGAUAGAUGUGAUAAAUUGACGUGUUUGUGGGAAAAUGGAUUUGAUGGUAUUCAGCAGUUGCAAACUAGCAGUUGUCCCGAGCUUGUAUCCUUGGGAGAAAAGGAAAAGCACGAGCUGCCUAGCAAGCUUCAAUCUUUGAAAAUUAGGUGGUGUAAUAACCUAGAGAAGCUUCCCAAUGGACUGUACAGGCUAACAUGUCUUGGAGAGUUGGAAAUCUAUGAUUGUCCAAAGCUGGUGUCAUUUCCAGAGUUGGGGUUCCCGCCCAUGCUUAGACGUCUUGUUAUUCAUAGUUGUGAAGGUCUACGAUGUCUACCUGAUUGGAUGAUGGUGAUGAAAGACGGUAGUAAUAACGGUAGCGACGUGUGUCUCCUUGAAUACUUGCACAUACAUACGUGUCCAUCUCUCAUUGGUUUUCCAGAAGGUGAGUUACCCACCACGCUCAAGGAACUCAAGAUAUGGAGGUGUGAAAAGCUAGAGUCUCUACCGGGGGGAAUGAUGCACCAUGAUUCCAACACCACCACCGCCACCAGUGGUGGUCUUCAUGUCUUGGACAUUUGGAAAUGUCCAUCUCUCACAUUCUUCCCCACAGGCAAGUUUCCCUCCACCCUUAAGAAACUUGAGAUUUGGGAUUGUGCACAACUGGAGUCGAUUUCAAAGGAGACGUUUCACUCCAAUAAUAGUUCACUUGAAUAUUUGAGUAUCCGGUCGUAUCCCUGUCUCAAAAUUGUACCAGAUUGCCUCUACAAACUCAGAGAACUGGAGAUUAAUAAUUGUGAGAAUGUGGAGCUGCUACCUCAUCAACUGCAAAACCUCACUGCUCUUACAUCACUUGGUAUCUACCGUUGUGAGAAUAUCAAGAUGCCCCUAUCCCGAUGGGGCCUUGCCACACUUACCUCUCUUAAAGAACUCACCAUUGGUGGCAUAUUUCCACGAGUUGCCUCCUUUUCAGAUGGUCAAAGACCACCGAUUCUUCCUACAACCCUCACCUUUCUUUCCAUUCAAGAUUUCCAGAAUCUGAAAUCUCUAUCCUCCCUGGCUCUCCAAACCCUCACCUCACUUGAAGAUCUAUGGAUCCAACGUUGCCCUAAGCUUCAGUCGUUUUGCCCAAGGGAAGGGCUGCCUGACACGCUUUCACGACUAUAUAUCACAGACUGCCCGCUCCUAAAACAAAGGUGCUCGAAAGGGAAAGGGCAAGAUUGGCCCAACAUCGCCCACAUUCCCUAUGUGGAAAUAGAUGAUAAAAACGUCUUUGAGCAAUAAUAAGUUGAGGGAUUGCAGAACAUAGAAGCAAACACCAUUCAACCCUCUCCCAUCUUUACAUUAAACAAGGAAGUGGCUUUUGAAAUGGCUUGUAGCUUGGUUUUCUCUUCAAUUUGACACAAUUCUAGUUCUCAGUGACCAUUGAAGUUGAAGAGGUGAUAUGUGAUACUUACAACGAUAAAAAGGAUAAGAGAGGAUCCAUUUAUGCCAUUCAAGGGCAGGUGGAAUAUUUAGCAAUAGCCACUGAAUAGAGUUCAGGCUGACAUACAGAGGAGGCUAUACUAGAAGCAAAUGCAGUUUAUUAAAGUUCGAUUGCUAUGGUUCUCAAAGAGGAUGGAACUCUAGGUAUUAUAUCAAAGACUUCAAAGUAUGGAGUGAAUGCAGCUAGUUCCAGUUGUCCCCUGUUGCUCUUUUUUUUAUUUUUUUUGAGUGUCAACAGGGGACAAAGAAUAACCCAGCAAGACUACAGUGUCAAAAGGAUGGGUGCAAAGUAUCACAGGAGGUCAUGUGGUCUUUUCAUUGUGCUAACUGAUUGGAAUGUUCAUCCUAUAUCAAAGGCUCAUUGGCACUUUAUUACCAUUUUUUAGUACGACUAAAAGAGGAUAAAAUACAAUCUAGCAAAAUUGUGAUUCUUCAGUGCUUUACAGAGGUCCUCUGAAUCAAGAUUUCAUUUGCAUCUUUAAUAAAUAAGAACCUCUUCUUGCCCUCCUGGGGAAGCCGCUCAUAAGGUUGUAUGAUCUUUUAUUUCCUUUGAAAGUUGGGAACCAUUCAGUGCAUGAAACUUGUCUUUCACAAGAACUGGUUUUCAAUUUAUCCCAAGUGGUAUUUUCUCUGUGACUGCGAUAGCCCAGAACUACCUAAUGGAAUUAUUACAUAGCAACAACAGCAGCUUGUAUCUAUUCUAAUAUAUCCCACUUGGUUUCCAAAAUGUUUAAAAGGUGCAUGUCCCAGGUGUCAGAGUAUAAGUAUUUUUCUUCUUGUCGAAGGGGAUUCGGGUUUUAUAUUUGGAGGCUCCAUGUCUAUAGUGACUGUGGCAAAUUCCUAUUGCUACUUGUUUUUGUUUCUAUUGUUGAUGUUAAGAGUGUAGAAAGAGGAUAAACAACAGCUUAGCAAGAUCAUGGUAAGUUACAAUUUUUAUUUUACAUUUUUAUUGGUUUUUUUAGAUUCCUAUAUUUGCUAACUUUUUUUCUAAAUUUUCUAUGUUUAUGACUUGAGGUGUUCCCUAAGCACCAAUCCUUGGACACUGCUUAGUUCACCUGUCUUCAGUAGACAUGAAGCUAUUUUUUGUGCUAUCUUGGAGAAGCUGCCAGUAAGACUGAAUAGUCAUACAUCUCUUGGAGAGUCGAGAAUCACACAUUUCUUUAGGUUCCUUCUGAGGACUGGUUUGUCAUCCAUGUUAUAAAGUCUUGUGCUCAGUUGUUGUGAUUGUUUGAAAUUGCUCUCUGAUGGAACUAUGACCUAUAUAAAGAACAGUUUGUAUUUGUUUUACAUUGAUGAAUUGGUCGUCUUUAUGCAUUAUUUUGCAGAAAGGAUUUUUAUGAGCACUACUAUUUUCUUUUCAUCUCAUUUUAUAUUGAUGCAUUUCAUGUUACUCCUUUUAGGUGGAUGCGCAAUGCUGAUCCAGCUUUCCUCCUUUUGGAUGUCUUUUAAACCAUUGUUAGGAUUCAUUAAAAUGAGCUUUAUCAAACAUACAGAUUUUUUUCAGAUUGAAAGAGAGACGAUUAAAUAUCAUUCAACAGUGAUCAUUAUGCAGGAAGGCCAUAAAUUGAAUCUGAUAAGAUGGAAAAUGUGUUUCUGGACAAUUUUGUGUUCUUGCAUUAUAAGGAAUCCAGUUAAUGAGAUUUUGCUGACAAAAAACCAGAGACUUUGUGUCUUCUGUUUCACGUAUGAUACUAUCGUUGAUUGGUGAACCGGGAAUGUCGUCAAAAACUUUGGAGCUUGACCAUCUGGCCUUUUUCAAUUCCUUAGAGAUUGGAGAAUAGAUUGCAACACGGUUUCAAAAUUUUGGAACAUCGGCAUUAACACCUUUCUGGGACUCAGAUUUCUAAAUGGAAUGAUGCAAGGCAUUGACACAUUCUCAGAAUUCUUUGAGAUUUCUAAAUGUGAUCUUAGUGCCUUAAUGAGAGGCUAACUUUCUUCAAUGUUGGUAAAAAUUGCAGUCUGUAUAUAUUGGAUGGGCAUCAUUCCAUGGGCAAGAAAUAAUAGGUUUUGCCAUAUGGGGAGACGAUUUACAACUGCUGUGCCUCUUGAUUUACCCUCAAGCAUCUAGCCUCGCGUCAAGUAUUUGGAAUUAUCUAGCUGAUCACCAGACAACCUUCAACUGACCUCAGAGACUUCGUACGAAGUAGACUCAGUGCAAGUGAUUCAGAGUCACCCCUACCUAAUCCAUCUCCGUGUGUCUGGGAAAACGAGGUCCAUCAGAUGUUAUGGCCAUUAUCUCAUGGCAGUGGAUGUUUUGAACCGGAGUCUAAAAUGAAGUCAUCACUGGAUGUUAAGGCCAUUAUCCCACUGCAGUGGAUGUUUUGAACCAGAGUUUAAAACCCAAUCAUUGACAAAGGCCAUAGUGAUGUCAUUGAUUUUAUUGUAAACCCAUCAAAAACAACAUGAGAUUCACUUUGAUUUCCAGUUAUGCAAGAUCUAUAUGAGCUCAAUUGUUUUGAAACUUGAUUCAUGAAUACCAUGCUGACAUUCAGUUCA